AGAGGAAGGGAGGGCUAUCCGGGUAGCAAAGAGUGGGGCAGGUGGAAUAAGGGGACGCCUCGGGACCCUCAGCGGAGGACAAGAGGCAGGAGGAGAAGGGAAAACGGAAAAGGAGGGACGUGAAAAGACUUUCCCCAAAGAGUCGCCAGCGAGGGAGGGGGCCAGGAGCGUCCGGCGGGGUGGCUGUCGGAACAGUUAGACGGCGGAGCGAGAGGAGAGGUGGCGGCUGAACCGGAGGGAGAGAGACCUAGGCAGGCGCCUUCAGUUUGUGCGGCAGAGGUUGCAGUAACUUCUCAGCGCGCGUCUUUUCCCGCCUCUUCGCCGUUUUGUUCUCGCUGGCAUUCCGGACUCGGACUCGGAUUCGGACCGGGAUCGCCGGCAGCCACAAUGAUGAUGAUGUCCCUGAACAGCAAGCAGCCCUUCAGCAUGACUCAUGCCGGCGGCGGCAGCCUUCACGAACCCAAGUACUCGGCCCUGCACUCCGCCUCGCCCUGCAGCUCCUCGGUGGCCGGCGCCGCAGCGGCUUCGGCCAGCUCGCCUAGCAGCAGCACUGCAGGCGGGGGCAGCGGCGGGGGCAGCGGUCGGAAUAACUCUUCCAAUAGCAAUAGCGCCAGCAGCAGCAACAGCAGCACUUCCGAGGCCCUGCGCCGCGCCUGCUUGCCCACCCCGCCGAGCAACAUCUUCGGAGGUCUAGACGAGAGUCUACUAGCCCGCGCAGAAGCCCUGGCUGCAGUAGACAUUGUGUCGCCAGGCAAGAGCCAUCAUCAUCACCCACCACAUCACAGCCCCUUCAAACCUGACGCCACCUAUCACACCAUGAACACCAUCCCCUGCACCUCGGCUGCAUCUUCGUCCUCGGUGCCCAUCUCGCACCCUUCUGCCCUGUCUGGCACCCACCACCACCACCACCACCAUCACCACCACCAACCUCACCAAGCUCUGGAAGGAGAACUCUUGGAACACAUCACACCAGGACUGGCAUUGGGUGCCAUGACAGGCCCCGAUGGGUCAGUGGUUUCAACCCCAGGUCAUGCCCCUCAUAUGGGCAGCAUGAAUCCAAUGCACCAAGCAGCACUCAGCAUGGCGCACGCCCAUGGGCUACCCUCGCACAUGGGCUGCAUGAGUGAUGUGGAUGCAGAUCCACGGGAUUUGGAAGCCUUUGCAGAACGGUUCAAACAGCGGAGGAUCAAACUAGGGGUGACUCAAGCUGAUGUGGGGUCAGCCCUGGCCAACCUCAAGAUCCCUGGAGUGGGAUCCCUAAGUCAAAGCACCAUCUGCAGGUUUGAAUCUCUCACCUUGUCCCACAACAAUAUGAUUGCUCUCAAACCCAUCCUGCAAGCAUGGCUGGAAGAAGCAGAGAAAUCACACCGGGAGAAGCUCACCAAACCAGAACUCUUCAAUGGAGCGGAAAAGAAAAGGAAACGCACUUCAAUUGCUGCUCCUGAAAAGAGGUCCCUAGAAGCCUAUUUCGCUAUCCAACCGAGACCUUCCUCAGAAAAAAUUGCAGCCAUCGCGGAGAAAUUGGACCUCAAGAAGAAUGUGGUCCGAGUCUGGUUCUGCAACCAAAGGCAGAAACAGAAGCGGAUGAAAUACUCUGCUGGGAUUUAGCCUUUGGAAAUCUUUCUGCUUAUGGGGAAGAAAUAAAUAUAAAAAAGACAGAAAAAAACAUUUCUAUUUCUCUUUCCUGGAAAGAAAGAGGACCAAACUUCAGAAAAUGAGUCCGAUUGAGAUGCGGUUGGACUGUGACUGGACAAAAUAUCAAGUUUAGAAAGUUGGCAGCAGAUUUUAUCGGGUUUGCAGGCUCAGACUUAAAUUGGCAUCAAAAAGAGACUGAUUUUUGUGAAGGCAGAUAAGAACUCUUUAUAAAGGAUGGAAGACAUAUCAAGUAAGAAUUGUUUUUAUUCUUAAAAGACAUCACCUUUGCUGAGAUGUAAAAGUACCAUUUACAGCUAUUUUUCAGGAUUUAAAAAAAAUUAAGUGAUUAGAGAGGCUGAAACUUUAAUCUUGAUUAGAGAGGCAUCUCAAAAGUAUUUUGAUUUUUUAAAAAAUAGAUGGCAGUUUCUCUGUCAUUAGACAGCAUAUUAUAAAUAUAUAUAUAGAUAUAUUUUUACUGUGGUUAUUAUCCAUUUCCUUCUCUGAAAAAAUGCAGAGGGAAAAUUUGAUCCUGCUGUGCUUUUAAGAACUUUUAAGAGCUAUUAUUAGACUACUGCCAAACUCCUGUAAAUUAUUAAUUUAUCUCUCUAGUAACUUCAUUUUGUGCUCAUCCUAAUUAAUUGCACCUCUUUCAUCAAAGGCUUGAUUAAAAAAAGUAAAAUAAAACAGUAUGGUUAAUGUAAAUUAAUUAUUUUAUGUUGGUUAGUAGAGUUUAUGAAUUUGCGCUUUUUUCCUUCUUAUACAAGACUUCCUCUUGAGCCAUUUGUAUAUGUUCCAAAAAUUAAGAUAUGAGUAUUCUUAUUUGUGAGGCGUUCUCACUCUAUAGUGGCUGUCUUGCAUUGUUUGUGUAGUCUGACUCACUUGUCCAAGGAGGUAUUUGUUGACUGCGUUACAUAUUUAAUGGGGAUUCCCCCAUGUAGACUCCACACCCUCCACCACAUGCACUACUUUAAAAAAAAGCACUUGAGUAGGUGGCUGUGGUGGCUUUGUUGCUUUGGAUUUCCUUUCAUUCAAGUAUUGUCUAUUCUAGAUUCCGACACUAGUUCUCGUUGUUCAGAUCUCCUAGUUACUCUUUUAUUCCCUUUGUUUGCAAUAGAUUUUCAUUAUGUUUGAAGAUUUUAUAGGUAGAAAAGCCAAAACU